AUGCCUGGUAUCCGUUUUUCGCUGAACGUCGAGAAUUAUGGGCACAUUGGUGUGCCGAUCGAUAUGCCAGGAUCGAUAACCCGUGGCGUUACCCCACGCCCACACUUACUCCCCUCGCCUAUACCCCUUGAUCUCCCACGCUCCCCUGCCGCGCGGGGAUGCCGUUUUCCCUGCCAUACUCCCCUCGGUCGUCACCCUCUCUCUCCCUUACUCCCCUCUCUCGUACCCCUUUCUCUCCCAUACUCCACUCUGCUACACCCCCGUCUCUCCCUUGCUCCCCUCUGCUAUACCCCUUUAUCUCACCACUCCCCUCGGAUAUACCCCGUACUCUCCGUUACUCCCCACGUCUAUACCCCUUUCUCUCCCUUUCCGCCCUCGGCUAUACCCCAAUCUCACCCAUGCUCCCCUCGGCCCCCUUUCUCUCCAUCAUAUCCCACGGCUAUACCCCUUUCCCUCCCUUACCCUUUUCGCCUAUACCCCUUUCUCUGCCAUAACACUCCUCGGCUAUACCCCAUUCUGUCCCUUACGCCACUCUGCCUUACGCCCCUGCUUCCCCCUACCCCCUUUACCUCUCUGCCUAACGCCCUUCUUCCCCCUCUCCCCUCUCUGCCUUACACCCAUUUUCCCUCUUACGCCACUCUGCCUUACUCCCCUCACUUCGCUACUCCCUUCUUCCCCCUCUCCCCUCUCUGCCUUACUCUCUUCUUCACCCUUACCCCUUUCUGCCUUAUACAUUUUGUCCGCCUUUCGCCAAUCUGCCAUACUCCCAUUGUAACACCUUUCCCCUCUCUACCUUACAUCCAUCCCCCCCCCUUUCCCUCUCUGCCUUUCACCCUUCUUCUCCCUCUUCCCCCACUGCCCACACACGUCUAUCCCCUCUCUGUCCUAAACAUCCUUCUCCCUCCUAUCCCCUCUCUGCCUUACCCCACUUCUUCCGCCUUUCCACCCUCUCCGCCCUACACCCUUCUUCCCCCUUUUCCUCCUCCCUACUUCCCCUCCUCCUCCCUGCUUCCCCUCCUUCUCCUCCCUACUUCUCCUCCUUCUCCUCCCAGCUUCCCCUCCUUCUCCUCCCUGCUUCCCCUCCUUCUCCUCCCUGUUUCCCCUCUUUCUCCUCCCUGCUUCCCCUCCUUCUCCUCCCUGCUUCCCCUCCUUCUCCUCCCUGCUUCCCCUCCUUCUCCUCCCUGCUUCCCCUCCUUCUCCUCCCUGCUUCCCUCUCUCCCCUACCUGCCCUCUCUCCUCCGCCUUUCCUUUCUCAACUCCCUGCUCUCUCUCCUCCCCUCUCAAAUCUCAACUUGA